UGGUUUUCGUGUUUGAUUUUCUGUUAAGUCGCAGCUGUAUACUUUUGCAUAUAUAAAAUUUUAUUCGUUGAGUUUUAUUAUCCCAUUUCCAUAUUUUGAAUGGCGGCUAGCAAAACCUGUUACUUAUUGUUACUUUGAAAGUCUUUUGUAAAAUCUUGUCUUCGAGUACCUCCUGUUUUCUAGCAGAGCGAUUCAAUUCUUGUGUUCACUUUUUACCGCACCAAGAAGGUGAUCUAACCUCAGAGCAAAACCUCAACCAGGACGUACGAAAGAUUCAGCUGGGCGAAGAAUUUUUUACAGAUGUUAUAAGGCGGAUAUAAAAGAGAAUCAUAACAAAAUAUUUCGGUUUCAUAAACGUCAAUGGUUUUUUGCCACUGCGCUUGCAACAGCAACAGACAUACAGAUGCAAUCACCCAAAGCCAGAACAAAAAUAACAACCAAAGAGGAUCUACUUGAACUUUGUACCAGGCAGCUGUUAUUAAAAAAUAUACAAAAUUUUACGAAAACAAUUUUGUUAAUGAAUUUGAUAAAAAAUUAAAGGCAACGAACCGGUUUAUGAAAAUAAGAUUAAAAAAUGUAAACAAAAAAUCUGUCGCUGAAUGUAUUAACGAACUCGAAAACACAAAAUUAUUCAUACGAAAACAAACAAUGUCAACAACAACAACAACUGCUAUCUACCUACUUAUGAACGUAUUUAUAUAAAUACAUACAUACAUACCUGUAUAAAAAAUUUUGCAGGCAAGUGUGCAGAGUCACUGGCGCAAGUGCAACAAUAGCAAAAGCAAAAUAACAAAAUAACGUAGCCACUCGCUCGCUACAAAAGGCCUACACAGGCAGCGACGACAAGAGUUGAAUAUAGCCAAGCGACCAGCGAUCGAACAGCCAGUUACAUAUUUAGUUGCGCCGCGACACCCAAAGACUGCAGACGUGAUUGUGCAUAUAACGAGUAAAUAAAAAUAAAAUUAGUGAUAUUUAAAAAAAAAGAAUCUAACAGAGGGACAGAAAAGUGUAAUCAAAAGAUCCUCGCUGGCAAAUAGGGUUUUCAAAUAAAAUUUUGUUGCAUGCAAAAAUAGUGACGUGAUCCCGAAGUACCAAAAAAAAAACACAUUUUUUAUAAAGAUUUUCCCCCUUCCUUACACUUCACUUUCGCUUCAAGUGAAAAAUGCUUCGCCACUUGGUGCGCUCUGUGCUUUUUGCGCCACCUGUGCAAUCAUCCGUGGCUGCCGUCGCAUCAGGCGCCCGGCAUCUGAACACUGCGGCCACUGCACAGCCCACACAAUCUGGCCUCAAUCAUCCAGACAAAUUUCUCACCUACAGCGAAGAGGAAGGCUACAUCAAACAAUCGCAUUUUGACCCAGUCGAGGUGCUCAACAUCACAGUGGACAAAUAUGUGUGGCGAGAUUUAAAGAAUUAUGAAAAUAACAUUGCAGCGAUGUGCCUGAUCAGUGGACGCCAAUACACCUAUGCUCAGUUACGUGACUGUAGUGCUGCCUUGGCCGUACGUCUACAGACCCGAUUUAAGCUUGCAGCUGGUUCAACGAUUGCGAUUUGCUUGCCAAACUUGCCGGAAUACCCGAUUGCUGCGUUAGGCGCCGUGGAAGCAGGUCUAACGGUGACUACAGUGAAUCCCAUCUACACAGCUGAGGAAAUUGGCCGCCAGUUACAGCUCAGCGAUACCAAGUUCAUUGUGGGCACCACUCUCGGCUAUGGUGUCAUCCGGGAAGCUUGUCAAUGGGCAAAGAAGGACCUUCCCAUCGCUGUGAUACGCUUCCAGCCCGACGAAGAACUUCCCGCCGGCGCUAUUGAUUUCUUUGAGCUCAUCAAGCCUCAAGGUGUGGACUACACGCAAUUGAAGGACUACAACGUGGAUCCCAACAGCAUGGUCUUUCUGCCCUUCUCAUCGGGCACCACCGGCCUACCGAAAGCUGUACAACUCACACACAACAAUAUCACCGUUAACGGCGACCAACUGGAAAUGGGCCUAAAGCUACGAGAAUCAGGCAGACAGGAGGUGCUGCCAGGUAUACUGCCGUUCUUCCACAUCUACGGUCUCAACGUGAUUAUGCUCUCGAAGCUGGCGAUAGGCGCCAAGCUGAUAACAAUGCCGCAAUUUAGGCCAGAAGACCUGAUCAAGGUGUUGCACGAGUACAGAGCGACGAUCUUAAACGUCGUACCGCCAAUGGCGCUCUUCAUGAUUAACCAUCCGAAGCUGACGCCUGAGAUUGCACCCGAGCUGAGAUAUGUGCUGAUUGGCGCAGCGCCAAUUUCUGAAAGCGACAUCGAGCGCUUCCUGAAAAAAUUCCCACAGAAGAAACUCCUACAAGGCUUCGGCAUGACCGAGACCUCUCCGGUAGCCUUGAUGGUGCCAACGAACAACGACCACACCGCCUCCGCUGGCGUUCCGGCACCCAGCACCGAGGCUAAAAUCGUCGCAACCGAUGGCAAGAGUCAGAAGGGGCUGGGUCCCAACACUACCGGCGAGCUUUGUGUGCGUGGCCCGCAAGUCAUGAAGGGCUAUCUGAACAACGACGAGGCCAACGCAGACAUUUUCUUCCCCGACGGUUGGCUGCGAACUGGCGAUAUCGGCCACUACGACGACGACGGCUACUUCUACAUAACCGAUCGCAUUAAGGAGUUGAUCAAAGUGAAGGGCUUCCAAGUUCCACCCGCCGAAUUGGAGGGCCUACUGCGUGAGCACCCGAGUAUCUUAGAGGCAGCGGUCAUUCCAGUACCCGACGAGGUGGCCGGUGAGCUUCCACGCGCUGUUGUGGUGCUGCGCGAGGGCGUUCAGGCCACCGUGGAGGACAUCUACGACUAUGUUGCUGAGCGGGUGGCGGAGUAUAAAAAAUUGGAUGGUGGCGUUGUCUUCGUUCCUGAAAUACCCAAGAAUCCAACGGGAAAGAUAAUGCGAAAAGAACUAAAGAUGCGAUACGCAAGCUAAGGACUAUAAAGUCAGGAGACAUUUGUAUUUUGUUAUUUUAUAGUUCAGUCGUAAGUUAAGAAGAAAGUUCCCUUAUACUAAGUUCCCAUGACACAUAAUUCGGUCUCCUAUUUGUAAUUGGCUCUCAUUCUCAAUGACGUAAUUCACCAUUCAAAAUUUCGAGAGCGAAUUACCUCAUUUGUAGGUAAUUCGGAUCCAAUUACCAUGCGAAUUACGGACAAAUCGCUGCCGUCUCUAAUUUUAAUUUUCAAAUUUAUCGAACUCAGAUGUCAGAGCAAGAGAGAAUGGAACAAAUCAAAACAGAGAAAAGAAGGAAAUGAAGGAAAAGCCCAAUGAAUUGUCAAAUCGAAUUUGGAAUGAGUCGUGUGAACGGGGUAAUUCUUCAGAAGCGAACAAUGUAAUUGGCAGUGCCCGUGGGGACAUAGUAUUAAA